AUGUCCACAACUCAAAGAAGUGAGGGAAUGAAUGCUUUCUUUGAUGAGUUCAUCAACUCUACUACAACACUCCAACAGUUUGUUGUCCAAUAUGACAACGCCCUUCAUUCUAAGGUGGAGAAAGAGUGCGAAGCAAAUUUCGCUUCUGCUAAUACUACCCUUCCAUGUGGGUCUCAGUCAUUUAUUGAGAGACAAUUUCAAGAUGAAUACACUCAUGCGAAGUUUGGUGAAGUGCAAAAUGAGCUUACGUGUAAGAUAAAUUGUAAUAUCAAAAGUGUUGAAGUUCAUGGUGGUAAGGCAAAAUAUAUUGUUAAAGAGGCGUUGAUAUGGAAAGACCAAAGUGCAGACAAAUAUAAUGAAGUUAUAUUUGAUCUUGUGACAAAAGACAUUGAAUGCACUUGUUGGCUUUUUGAGUUUAGAGGAGUUCUUUGCUGCCACAGCUUGAUGGUCCUUGCCCUAGAGGAUGUAAAAUUUGUAUCACAAAAGUAUAUUUUGAGUUGA